AGUACUACCAGUGACAAAGAUGAAAUGUCUGUUUCUCGCUGGUAUUAUCGUAUUUAAUUUGACAAUUAUAUACGCAAGAAUCAAUACCAAAAAACAAUCUGAUAAUCAUUACAUUCAAGAAAGAAAUGAUUAUCCAGGAUUAUCGCAGAUGUUGAAAGUAACAUCAGAAGUAAUUGAAAGUCUCUUAGCUUUCCUCGCGGGAAAUGGUUCUAUAGAUGACGUAACGAAUUCAAUUGAAGGGUUUCUUUCAGAAUUUUCAAGACUGAUUAGUCUACAGGGACUGCUCGGACAAAUUCCAGUAGUCGGAUUCAUUUUACAGCCCAUUGUGGGGAUGAUUGCAACGGUUAUGUCACACACUCCACUUUUGGGAGGCAUUAUAUCAUUCGUUUUAGUAGGACUUGGCAAUUGAAAUCAAUACCACGUCCACGUUUUUUAUUAAAAAAUGUU